AUGACAUAUUUCGCGACAGCUAUGGGCGCAUCUACAGUGGCUGCUCAUCAGGUUGGUUUUGCUCCUGCUAAUAGUCAUGAUACAAAUGCAUGGCAUGUGUGUGGUAUACAUGGGGUGAGCCUCUCUCUCAAACUGCACAAUCAUUCAUGCCCGAGUUACUCUAUGGAACAGAGAGAAGUUCAGAGAAUGUCGCAAUGUUCAUAUGUAGAGGAUAUUUCUUCUGUUGUAUUUUUCACGUCGCUGUCAAGAAAAGGAAACGGAACUGUGAUUGUGUUUUUUUGUGGUUUAAGAUAUGAAACAGGCUUGAAUGCUGCUAAAGUUGCUGUUGAGAGCAUGAAAUUUCCCAGGCUUGAUUUCUCUUCGCUCUUCAACGCCUUCUAUCACCCGAUGGUGCACUUGACUUGGAACGUACAUACACUCCAAUACAAACCGGGGGAAGUGAAAGCUGCUUAG